AUGUACAUGUAUGUAUAUUUAUUCGACCUGUUACACAGGUAUAUUUUUAUUAUGUCGAUUAAAACAUAUCCAAUUUUUACAUUCCGUUGGCUUGCAGUGCAUGCAUUAGCUGUUCCAGUGGUAUUUUUCCUUGGUUCUAUUACAGCAAUGCAGUUUAUUCAACGUUAA